AAAUACAGAAGGGAACGCGACGGCGGCCGAUUUGCGCCUUCUUCGGCCUCCCGCUGCUCGCCAAAAUCAAAACCCGUCGUCAUAUAAACACCGCGCCGAAUCAUCCCCUUUCCCCCAAUUCCCCCCCUCCCCAAAACAAAAGCAGCCGCCGCCGCAAACCCAUAGUUAUCUACGACAAGCAGCAGCAGCAGCAGCCGCCGCCGCACCUGUCAUCGGGCGGCUGUCCUCCUGCUGCGCCGCGCCCCCGCCCGUCGUCGGCGCGAGACGACGCCUGGUCCUUCGCGCGAUGAGGCUCUCCUUCAGGCAAGACACCGACAUGGCAGGUGCCAUCUUCAUGUGCAACACCAGGGCAAGGGAGCAGUUCUUUGGCUCAGGCGUUUUCAGACUUGCUUUAGAGUAUCAGCCCUUUGUCAACAAUGUCAAACAAGGGAUGCCUCUCUUUCUCUUUGACUACAACGAACGCAAGCUUUACGGGGUGUUUGAGGCCGCCUCUGAUGGUGGACUGGAUAUUACUGACAGAGCUGCUUUUAGAUCUUCUGGCCACUCAUAUCCUGCACAGGUUCGAUUCAAAAUUAUUUGGAAGUGCAGACCACUUGCAGAAGAUGAGUUCUCUCAUGCCAUAAAAGAGAAUUACUAUACGAUAUAUAAAUUCUAUUUUGACCUUUCCUACCAGCAGGUUGUCCAGCUAUAUGAGUUGUUUGAUAAUAAGAGGGUAGAGCAACCUAUUCGCAACUACACCAUAAGUGCUCAUUCGAAAGAAGGCCACUUCAGUAAAGGGAGACCAGACAAAAGGAGUUUGACUCCAAAUAUUUCUCCCAUUUCUACUGAUCAAUCACACACUUUGACUGUAACAGCUGGAACAAACUAUUCUGCUCCUACAAGGAUGCGUGGAACGGCACCACAUAAUUUUGAGGCACGAACAAAUCUGUCAGUGCCAUUGGUAAGUAAACCCGUUGGAGUCCAAAUUGAUCCCAUCCGCAGCAGCCAUCAUGUUCAAAAGAUAUUACCUUAUCAUAACAAUUCACAUCUCCAAGAUGUUUCGACAGUAGAUGGCAUUUCAACUCAGGUAUAUGCUCCCUGUUCUCAGACAAAUGGAUAUCACCGAGAUCAAUUUGUUACAAAUCAAUCAUAUCCAAUAUCUGAUGACUACAUGCACAGUAGCUUGUCUUCUGGAUGCAUGACUGCCAGUCCAACUGAUAGAAUUAGGUCGUCUAAAAAGCAGUCAUAUGUAGGCAGUACUUCACGAUCUCUAAAACAUAUUACUCAUGCGUUAACUGGCGGAGACAGAAACCACGUGAAUUCAACUCCAAAUGUCCCUUCAUAUCAUUUUUCUCUGGCAAAUCCACAAGGCAGUGCUAACUUGAAGGACAACUAUGAUAUCGACUGUCACCAGUGCAAAGAGAUACACACAUCUGAGCAUCAGCACUUAAGCAUGGAAAGAGCUCAAAUAGCUCCAGUAUUAAUCCAACAAGGUAUUCCUGCAUACCCUGACGUUCCUGAAGUAUCAACAAUUGGUCAACGGAAAGAUGAUUUUAGUGAUUACAUCCCGAUUGCUGAUUGUGCUCAAGAUUUUGAUAAUGAUUGGUGGAAACAUGGUUCCAAUCAUAGUGUUUCAGGUUCACUGGAUCUUCGAAAUGUUGCUGGAGCCAACAUGUCAGAUCAAUUACAUACAAACCGUGAAAUAGGAGCUGAAAGUAACACAACAAUAGUUCCUGGUCAGUGCUCACAAAACAGUGUGUUUUCUCGCUUAUCGCUGAAGCAACAACCUCUUCAAGAAAUUGUUGGUUCACAAAGCAGUGUGUUUUCUCGCUUAUCGCCGAUGCAACAACCUCUUGAAGAAAUUACUGGUCCUUCACUCAGUCAAAUGCUUAGUUCACUUUCCAAUAGAACAAAACAGUGGAGCAGUGGGAAUAGAACACAUAUUUCUAAAGAAAGAGAGAUCAGAAGCGAGAACAUGACACUUAUUUCUCACAAAAGAGAGGAUAUAGCACUUACUUAUGAUGCUGGUAACCAGUUGGUUGGUGAACAGUCCAUUGACAUAACCUGUCCUCUUGCUGAGCUAAACCUGCCAAACGUAGUAGAAGGAAAAGAAAGCGCAGAGCCUCCCUUCUUAAACUUCAAGAGGCGCAGAGAAACAGCGCAGCUGGAUGACAACUUAGGAAAGGAGACUAGUGGGAAAAUGAAGAGGAGAAAGCUUGUGCGCCCAUCCUUUGGAGAGAAUAACAACCCUACUAAUUCUGGAAAAGAGAUCCAAGUGAAUGGUGCAGAGGACAGGAAACAUCCACAUUUCGACGCUGAUGGGAACAAGUUCAGUAUUGACCUGAACAAACCUGCAUCCACAGACGAUGGUCUAGUGAAGGAGGAUGGUAGCACCAUACUGUGCCCUGUUGAUAUCAACAUACAAACCGAGAAGCCCUGUGAAGUAAACACCACACACAAGCCAAAAUUUUCAGAUGCUAUGGAGGUAACUGGGGAACAAGAUCACCCUGUGGAGAAUGCCGCACAAACUGGUGGUAAAGUUUCACUUGAUUUGAGCAUGGCAGAUUUGAAUACAAUGGACAAGUCUAAGCUUCAAGCAAUUCUUGAUUCACCAUGGUUGCAAGCACUUGACAAGCUGAGGAACGGAAAGUCCAACAACUCUGAGGUGGCUGGAUCAAGCAUUUGUGGUGAUGACAAUACAUCGGGUGAUGACAAUACAUCGAAAAUGGAGACGAACCCUGAUGGGAGCACCUAACCUAGGUGUACCAAAUCUGUUACUGAUGUAGCAGCUUCAAUCUUGUACUGGCAUGAAUUGCUCCAAUUGGAUUCUUCUCCAACUGCUACUACAGAGGCAGGAGGUAAUCCUCCUUUUUGGGAUUUUUUGUUUUUGGCCACUACGGAAGAAGAACCCAGUUGCAGCAAGAACCCAAUUGGAGCAAAUACCAUACGAGUACAAGACUGAAGCUAGCAGUAGCUGUUAAUGUCCGGUAUCAUACACAGGAAUAGUUACAUGUGUUUUGGAGGUAAAGGUUGUCGGAGGGGUUGACUCAAUGGGAAUCAGUUUCCCUUUGCCCCAGAACUCACGAUCCCUAAUCAUCGUAGCUUUCUUGGAUGCUACCUUGUAUGAAUGUAUACGAGAUAUACUCCAUAUGAAAGAUGAUGUUUUGGCAGUACAUUUGGAUGAAAUCUUGCGUUAUUUUGUGCUAACACUACCCAUAGUAGUGUAGCAUCACUCCAUC